UGUUGUUUUUCUUUCAGGAACAUGGAGGCCGAAGCUGUGCUCCGACACAAGCAGAAGGGCUAGGAGAAGACCUGAUUCCUUGCGUUGCCCUACCAUGGCCAGCACCAGUCUCACGCUGAUCCGGAAAAAAGCGGAUUCGACCCCCGAGGCCGAUGCCCCGAGGCCCGAUGCCUACUGCAAGCUGUGCCUCAGCGAGCAGCAGUCCACCAGGGAGCUGCAGGGCUGCGGCUGUGUCUUCUGCAUAGCGUGUUUGGAGCAGUAUGUGCAGCUAGCCAUCAUGGCGGUUGGGGGGACACCCAUCACCUGCCCAGAUAUGGCCUGCCUAAAAACCGGAGUGCUACUGGACUCUGAGAUAGCUAGCUUGGCCCCAGAAGAGCAGGUGGAGCUGUACCAACGGCUGAAGUUUGAGCGAGUUGACUGCAUGUCUGUGUUCUUCAACAGCAACUCUGACAUGCCCAUCAAGCAGUGCCCUAUGUGUGGUAUCUACAUCGAGAGGAACCAGGGCUGUGCACAGAGCUGCAAACACACCUUCUGCUGGUACUGUCUGCAGAAUCUGGAUGGGGAUAUCUUCCUAAGGCAUUAUGACAGGGGUCCGUGCAGAAACAAGCUGGGACACUCCAGGGCCUCGGUUAUGUGGAACAGAACUCAGGUGGUGGGUAUCCUGGUUGGGGUCAGCAUCAUCGUGCUGGUGACGUCUCCGCUCCUCUUGCUGGCCUCGCCGUGCAUCCUAUUUUGUGUCUGCAAGCCCUACAGCGUCAAGAAGAAGAAGACAAAGAAGAAGAAGAUGAGGAUGUUAAAGAAGGAGCAGCCAGACUUCUCAAUGUCAUAGCAGCUCUCUUUCUCAUCAGACCGGCCCAACCCAGGAUCACCCCGCUGAUCUAGAGAAGGAAACCAUGUGCUGCAUGGAGUACUUUUUCAUGAUUCGACAGACUGGAAGCAUCAGGGGCUAAUAAAUAUUGUUGAGCUCAAAAGGACCUGCACCUCAAAGCUUGGCACGAAAGUAGCUCAAAAAUCCCUUUUGAAUUACAAGAGUAUUUACUUUAUACAGUGGAAUUGUAAAUAUGAGCAGAAUUAAUGUAAGUCACCCAGUUGUUUUCAGCUGGACAGGCAGUAAGGAGACACACAUGCACACACAUAUACACACACACACACACACACAGUUUAAAGUGUAAUGCCACCCUCAUGUGCCAAACAUCGUGAUGCCAAACCAGAAGUGUUAGGUGCUCAGUGCCUGGUGCUUGUUUGUAUUUGUUUUGCCUUCCAUUCUAUCGCUAGCUUAUUCAAACAUUUUAGCAUUACUAAAAUGGACAGGGAAUUGGAUCCCUUAAAACAAUGCAAAUUGUUGUUGUUUCCAUCUGGCAAACGUUCCAGACCAAAGGCUUCUAAAGGGUAAUGUGUACUUUUCUAAAGUGUGUUAAUGUGUAUUUAUGGGUUAUGUGUGUAUGGUAUCCUGUUAUCAUUUCUACAUUUCUGUUGAUGUUUCUGCAUCAGAUAUUUUAUAAAAGUGCCAUUGAAAUUUAAA